AUGAUUUUCCGAAGCGUCGUUUCUGCGUUGGUCGUCGCAGCCAUUGCCUCCGCCGCCGUCAUCUCUGUGCCCAAAUACACCAGCACACACGCUCCAUUGGAAUACGUCACCAGUAAACUCGUAGAGUCGGAUUUGGAUUCGUCAAUUACAACCGUGAAACCAGCUGAUACGAUUACAACCGUGAAACCAGCAGAUAAGAAUGCAACCGUGAAACCAGUAGAUAAUAUUUCAACCGUGAAACCAGCAGAUUAUAUUGCAACCGUGACACCUGCAGAUAAUAUUUCAACCGUGACACCAGCAGAUAAUAUUGCAACCGUGACACCAGUAGAUAAUAUUGCAACCGUGACACCAGCAGAUAAGAAUGCAACCGUGAAACCGGCAGCACCAGCACCAGCCCAGGCGCCCAUGAUCAGCUGCUAUUGCAACCUUCCCAAGUGUUCGGAGGCCGCCGGGGGAGAUGGAACUUGCUCCACCCGGCUUGGCUGUUAUUCUGAAGUUCAACCAAUCAUUCCUUUAGUCGAAGAAGACACCUACUCACUCGACAUUCUCGCUAAUAGCUCAAUUAUUAGUCCAGUCUUCUCUAAAUUUGUCAAGGCCCUGGCUGUUGCAACCACCGAACAUGCGGCAGCCAUCAGGGGAUCAUAUGGAUGUUUGGAACAGUUGCACUUCGCAAAACAAUCCUGCGAGGAAAUUUUGAAAUCGAUGGAAGCCGAAUCCUCCGAGUUCCCUAUCAUGCAAGUUCCUACUAAUGGAGCUGCACCCUCUGCCGCCAACCCUGGUAUCCAUGCAUUACACUGCUGCCAAACAGAUAGAUGCAACGGAAACCAAUCAGGCCCAGCAGAGGGGUCCGUGAAAUCUGCCCAAGCCGUUUUAGUCGCUGCCUUGAAGAACGAAUUUGCACCCCCUCCGGGGGUGCAAAAUUCUACAGUGGGGGUGCCUUGGACCCCCGCUGUCAAAUCAUCGGCCAACAAUAUGGAAUUAUCUAAUGCUAAAACCUCGAUCAACAAUGUAGAAUUAAACAACACCAAAACUUCGGUCAACCAUGUAGAAUCAUCCAAUAUCAAAACUUCGCCCAACAACGUACAACCAUCCAAUCCUAAGAAAAAUUACGCAGCAGACUUGUGGCUUGGGCACUUCCCCGACGCUGUGGGUGAACCAAAAGCCCCAUCCCCCUUGAAAUCGGAUACCAUCUUUGAGGAUGCCUCAUUGGUUGAUGCCACCACUCCCGCCGCCCCCGUGGCGAUGCCACCGAAAUUAUCCGUGGCCGUACCAGUCAACCACGACGAAACCGUCGCCCAUGUGGAACACGUAGUGAUCAAGCGUCACGACAAACAAAGUGUCGUGCCAGUCUUAAAGCGGACCAUUGACGACCAGGAGAACAUACCAGACUUCGACGACGACAUCGCGGCCGAGGUCGCAGCCCCUGUUGUCACCACCAAGUUACCAAUAAUUACCAUCCAGCCACCAACUGGGCCGCCUCAACACAGUGGCGUUCCGGAUUUUGGGCCACCCCCGAGCCUGAAGAAGAAGAAUAUUACUACUAAUUCUGUUUUAGCGACUCGGGGAGUAAACAACUACAGCAACAGCCAUAAUAACCAAGCCGAUAAUAACGACAUCGGCUCGAGCAUGAUCGGUAUAAUCUGCACCAUCGUCGUAUUGUGCAUAAUCGGACUGUCCCUAUUGAUGAUGAUCGUCGUAAGAGCCAUCAUUCGCAAUGUGUGCAGCAACCCGGGCCAACCUUGCGCAUGCAACGGCGGAAUGACCAGGCGCAGGCCUCGCACGCAGCCGUCCUCGUCCCAUCCAAACGCCGCGGCCGCCGCGGUCAACCGCAGCCCCAGUACCGCUCCACUGCUGCCACCACCCAACAAGUACCGCGGCCACGCCAACGCCGGUGCAUCGUACAGCGACUCGAUGGGAGAUACCACUUACGUGUUAACCACCAUACCGGUGCCCGACCACGUGACACCGGUGAGGGUGGUCCGCCGUUAA